AUGACUAUCCGGCUCUGUAAUGUGGAUGUGCCUCUGGAGGUCAUCGAACACAUUGCUUUUUCCCUAGUCGCCUCUGAACCACUUGGAAACCCUAGCAGUCUGCUCCCCUUCUUUCUUACUUCACGGAGUAUCUCCCUCGCUCUCUCGCUCAAGUCACGCACAACGCUCUAUGCUCGUAUCUGUCGUCUCAAAUUUGACGUGGGCGCAGUCUCACGCAGGGAGUUUUCACCCCAUACCAGUGAUCUCAAUGAUCAUCUCGUUCAAAUGUGCCAACUCCUCCAAUUCAUCCGUCGCGGUGAUAUUUGGCACGAGGACGCGAUCGACUACUUGAUCCCCGCAUUCAUUGCCAUGCUGGAUAAUGAUGGGAAAAACCGGGCGCAGCUGGAGGACGCUGGAAUCGAGUCCUUCCUGGACGACUUCGUGAUGAAACGACUCCAUGAAGGAAAGGAGCUGAAUGACAUGUGGCCACUGGAGAACCCCGGCAAUGCCUGCGCCUUGUGGUUAUACUGGAUGUUUACAACUCCGGAAAAAGUCGAAAGCGAAACCCAGCCAAAGAGGAAAGAAAUCCUGAGGUUGCUUCUUCCAUACAUCGUAUGCCCAUAUCGCUAUGUAUCCGCUUACGCACCAGCCACGCAUAGCAUCCUGCCACUUGGAGACUCCAAUCCAAUUCAGAAACAAAUGGUGACCAUUCCCACUGCCCACGGGCUAUACCCCAUCUAUCAUACCGAGCGACAAGGAAGCAUCGUCCUCCACCAUUUCCGUUCCAACACCCCCAUCUUACUCCCUCCAAUCAGUGCUGCUGCCAAGUUAUUGUAUUGGUGUCGUCACGAGGUGUCACCUUUCUUCGCCGUUCCUUCCCAUCUGCCCCUUUUUCAUUCUACAGGGGCUCCGGAAAUCACGCAGGAGAUUCUUCAUGAAUUCAAUAGGUCCAGAGUUGCGAAGCUUCCAGAGGUCGCACGGUGGGACUGGGAUCAGGGUACGCUCACUGUCAAUGGCGUCCGUGUGAAGGAGAGCGGACAGACAAGACCUUCCCAGCGAUGGGAUAUGGACUGGUGGAGGAUGCGGAUGUGUCGUGACGUAUUCUACAAGCAACCUCGAUGGAGAUUGGGACAUGUGUAUAUGAGGGGUUUGCUCAGCGGCGUGUGGCAUGGCGUCUAUUUCCUCGUUAAUGAACCCUCGAUUCAGGAGAUGCUGCGGACCUCACGUUGCCCCGCCGACCUCUCUAGCUCCUCGCUCGCUUUCAUGCCGCAGCCUAUGGUUAUGAAGAUCCAAGAACACGGGUUCGUCAGAAUACCCCCUGUCCAGAGGUCGCCGUCCCCGAUCUCUAUUGAAUCACAAUCAAGACCCAUCCCAUUUGCCGAACCUCAGACCAUCACUGCUUGGGAAGAUGUGGAGAACCAACCCAAACGCAUUGUCGAACCUGUCGAUCGCAGCCUCUCUAACGCGUGGUUUCCUGGUGCUAUUGGGAAUCUGCACUGGGUCAGAGGACCCGAUCUCGAAGUUGGCCCCAGAGAUCCCAUGGCACUGCCAGCAGCUCACGGCGAGCCACGCCUACGUCCGGCCAAUGAGUCUACUCGAUUCUUCUUACGCGAUCCCGGAGUACCUCAUCCCGAGCACCACACCUUCGAUUCGAUCCCUGCCAGCUUGACACAGCAUCACGUUUACGAGACGUACGAUCCCAAGAGGGAGAGUAUGCAUGAGCGAUUGGUUGAUGCCUCGAGGGACCCGAAAUUAUUCCAUCUCGGAUGUCUUCGUUGUGCUGACAGAGAGUCGUAUCUGGCCGCUCGCCGAGCUCGAGAUUGGUCAGAGGCUCGCAGACUCGCCGAAGACACCUUUGCAAGCGUCGGGCUGGGUUUCUUGACCCUCGAUACGCUGGAGUCAGAGUCUGACGAAGAUGACGAGGGCGGCGGAGUUGUCGACCUACGCCUUGACAUGGAGGAUUUGGAGGGGGAAACAUCUUCGCCUCUCUCAGAGUGCUUUUGUGACGACGGGGAUUGCGCAUGGUCCAGAUGCGAGGAGUCGAGCGAGGAGGUGGACGAGCAUGAGGACGCCGAAUGUGGACAUCCGGGGGUAUACAAUAUCCACGGGAAUGUACACUACGGACCUCUACGGCGGUCUCAUGAUCGCUACAGAGUGGAAGAAUGCGAUGGGGGUGUAGAGGACACUGUCGUCACCAGCGAGCCUGAUGCUACGCGUGACGCCUCUCUGGGUUAUAGCAUAUACUACGGUCGUGUGCGACGCUGGGAUGGUCUUGUCGCCAUCUUGAAGCAACAAAUCCUCGGCGAGCGCAUUGCAAGCCUCUUGUUCUAUGGGUACAUUUGCGGACAAGACAAUUUUGUUGGGAACUGGAGAUAUGCGGGGACUGACCCUUUGCUACCGAGCUUUGAGAGCUGUUUCAUCAUGAGCAAGAAAAGGGACUGA